AUGAGAUUGGCGACAUUGACGAUCGAAGACGACAAACCUUUGCUGGAAGGAAGUAAGGAGCACGGCUAUCAUACGAAGCGUAGUAGCCUUUAUGGGUCACAACCUUCGUCACGAAACCAACACUUGGCGAGUCAAGAUAGAGCACAUGGUCAUCGUCAUGAGAAGGAGAGACAUGAUUUACGUGCAGCUCUGCCUCGAUCAGCUAUCAUAUCACGUACUCGUGAUAGGAGUAGCGAAAGGAGCAGUGACCGUCGCCUAGGGAGACGAAUUGAGAGGAACUAUGCUGCUCGUCGCUUUGAUUCCAGACAAGCUUUUGGUCCUUAUGACCGCAGGUCCACAAGGGAAUGGCGUGAAAAGCCAGUAACAAAGGCUCGUAGUACGGAGAGAGAGUGGGAGAAAUCGCCCAAGAUCCAUUCUACGGAGAAAGGGAUGACUCCUCCUGCUAUACCGAUUGCCACUAGCAGUGACCAUUGUAUUGCUGCAACUGAGGUGGGAGACAAUGGUGAUGCGCGAGGAGUGGGAAACCAGAGUAAGAAGAUGGCUAGUAUCAUUAUCUCUCCACCACUAAGGGCAGCAACUAUGGAGGAUAACGUUACAAUCCGUAGUCGAAGCGCAAUAAGAUCUUUGUCUUUUGUGGAGGAUGAGGCAGUGGAAGAAGGGGAGCAAGUCAUUGAGGCUUUAGCUGAUAUGGAGACAAAUGAUUCUGAUGUUGCAACGAAAAUGACUAAUGAGGAGUAUGAUGAUGCUGAUGAUGAUCUUCUGGGGGAGGAAUAUAUGGAGGCUAGUGAAGAGAAGCGCGGUGAAGGCAACAUUGGUUUGACAAAUAAGGCAGAUAGCAAGAAACGAUCCGGUCGUUUAAAUACAUCAUCAAAAGUCUUCUCGUCACAAGGAAAAGGCUGGACAUGCGCGACAUGCUUCUAA